UAACCCCUCCCAUUCUUCUCGUGUGUCCUCCUCCAUAUCGCUCUUUUUUUUUCUUUAUUUCUUUUUACUCUUUCUCUAACACUUGCUUAUUAUAUAUAUCAUCCCCACCUAGGUUCUUCCGUUUUUGUAGCUGGGGUUUAUACCCUUUGAGGUUUGAAAGGAAAUCCAAGCAAAGGUAGAAAGAAUGAGGAAGCCUAGUUGUGAUAUCAAAGAAUUGAACAAAGGAGCUUGGUCCAAACAAGAAGACCAGAAACUCGUAGAUUAUAUCAAGAAACAUGGUGAAGUUUGUUGGCGUACACUCCCCCAGGCUGCAGGUUUACAUCGGUGUGGUAAAAGUUGUAGGCUGAGAUGGAUAAACUAUCUACGUCCAGACCUCAAAAGAGGCAACUUUGCUGAAGAUGAAGAAGAUCUCAUCAUCAAGCUUCAUGCCCUGCUAGGCAACCGGUGGUCACUAAUAGCUGGGAGAUUGCCUGGACGUACAGAUAAUGAAGUGAAGAAUUAUUGGAAUUCUCAUAUAAGAAAAAAGCUUAUUAGCAAUGGCAUUGACCCAAAUAAUCAUAGAUUAAACCAUACAAUCCCUUCCGUUUAUCAGAAUCCACCUAUGUCUGAUGAUAGUUCAAAACACUUUGGCAUGAAAGACAAUAAUAGCAAGAACGAGACAAGCAAAUCACCUCGUGUUUACAACCAUGGUGAAGUCUCAGAUGCUGCGAGUGGUGAGGCUGAGUCAUCAUGUGCAUUGCCAGAUUUAAACCUUGAUCUCUCUAUUUGCGAAAAAAAUCUAAAACCAUUUCACGAAUCUAAGUUGUCGAGGAAAGUGCCAUUUGAUUCCCCUUCUACACUUCUUCUGUUUCAGUAAUUAAUCAAUCAACAUCGACCUUGGCUUGAAUAUGGUGAUUCAGCAAAUCGUCAUGUGGAGACGCAUGCAAGUGUGUUGUGAUAUAUAGUAUAUUGAGAUCUUAAUUAUCGACAUGGAAAAGGACUUAGCUUGUGUUUCAUUUUGAAGAAUGAAAGCCCUCAACUAGCUAGAAAGAAUGUUGGCUUAUGCUUUGUUACAACCUUGCAAUGGCAUACAAUUGGCAAACAUUAAUUGCUGCUAUCUUGAAACUGAGUAUUCACAAAUUUGAAUGUGAAAAUGAGAAGGGUAUAUAUAUAUAUAUCCAUGGAAAAUCCAACUAUUAGCAAAUAGAUUGAAUCCAUUGAAACGUACUUGUAGUAAUAAUUUCCUUGUGUUGGUCCUGAAGAAGUGAGGACCAUUUUAAUGAAUAUUUCAAAUGUACAAUAUGUUUGAUACGGAUUUGGCAGAUAUAUAUUGUGGCGUUAGAAACAA